CAACCCAAAGUCACGUGAUUUUUUUGUGGGCGUGCCCUCAAGUGAGCUAACGUCGACCUUAUGUUUGCUAGCUAGCUCGAAACACGACACAGAAGUUAAAGCAAACAACAAAACACUACACACCACAUCAGGGAAUGGCAUCUGCUUCCAAGACAAAUGUGACUAAUAUGAAUAAUAAAUGUGACCAAGAGGCUCUUAAUAAAAGGUCGCAGGAUGAUGAAGUAAUGGAGAUGUUAGGAGGCCAUGUUCAUUGUAAUGCUGCGUGGCUGUUACUCUGGAACUGCCAUCUGCCGAAAAGGAUGCAGAGCAUGCACAGCUGAUGGGGGACGUGCACUCACCACCAGCGGCCACUGUUGUUGACGGCCCCGGUGCCAGAGAGCGACGACACCAGGAGGAUGCAUGCGGCUUUCACACCCAGCAGAAGCGCCAAACUCCUCAUCUCGCCCGGUUAUUGAUCAUGCACCUUGCGGCAGGAGAAAAAAAAAGGGUGCUGUGUAAUGACAUCCUCAGCCUGAAGGUGGCAGGAGAUCCAGUGCUAACCCCCAACUCCGUGUGCCUGCGCCUGGCAGGCCUCAGCAAGCGUCAGAUGAGAAUGUGCGUGCGCAGACCUGACGUGACGGCCUCGGCCCUGCAGGGGAUCCAGGUGGCCAUCCACGAGUGCCAGCAUCAGCUCAGGGACCAGCGCUGGAACUGCUCGUCCCUGGAGACCUUGGGCAGGCUGCUGCAUCACAGCGACAUCCUCAAGAGGGGUGAGGAAGCCAGGGGUUUCCGUGAGAGUGCCUUCACAAUGGCCUUAUUAUCAGCGGGUGUGGCGCACUCCGUGAGCUCAGCCUGCAGCAUCGGCAAGCUGCGAGGAUGUGGCUGCGAGGGCAAGCGUCGCCAGGACGAUGACAAGCUGCGGUUGAAGCUCACACAGAUGCAACUGCAGACGCUGCAGAAGGGUGGACUGGGGAUGACUAUGGCACGCUCGCUACCCUUAGGUCACCAUGAUGACCUGCCUGCUGACCUACACUCUGUCCACCACCCUGCGGGGCUCAAGCCUUUUCAGGAUGAGCUGACCUCCAUGCAAGAGACAUGGGAGUGGGGGGGCUGCAACCAUGAAUUUCGUUUUGGGGACCGUUUCUCCAGGGAGUGGCUGGACUCUCGGGGAGCUUCCAGAGACAUCCACGCUCGUAUGAGGAUACAUAACAACCGAGUGGGACGACAGAUAGUGGCUGACAACGUGAAAAGAAGGUGCAAGUGUCACGGCACAUCAGGGAGUUGCCAGUUCAAGACAUGUUGGCAUAUUUCCCCAGAGUUCCGGCUCGUAGGUUCGAUCCUCAAGGAAAAGUUCCUGUCGGCCAUCUUGGUCAACUCCCAGAACAAAAACAACGGCGUUUUCAAUACCCGAACAGGGAACGGCGGCCGCAGGAGAAUGGGCGAACUGAACAGAGGCCGUCGUCGAAGCGUAUCCAGAGAGUUGGUCUACUUUGAGAAGUCUCCCGACUUUUGUGACGGUGACGCGUCCAUAGACUCCCUGGGCACGCAGGGACGGAUCUGCAACAAAACGGGCCACAGCACGGACAGCUGCGGCUCGCUUUGCUGCGGCCGAGGACACAACAUACUGAAACAAACUCACAGCCAACGCUGCAACUGCAGGUUCCACUGGUGCUGCUACGUGCUGUGUGAGGAGUGUCGCAUCACGGAAUGGAUCAGCGUGUGCAAAUAAAUGACCACGCUGUCCUGUCCUGACUGCACAGACAUUUUUGGGGCUCAAAAUCUCCUUUAAUCCCCUCUGCUGUUUUGCGCCUUAUAUCUGACAAUGUGGGGCCCUUUUCUCUCCUCACUAGUGUCAGGUGUGUAUAUGCCUUUUAUAGCUGCUGUUAUUGUCAAAGAUUGAAGAGGUGUUGGAGUAGAUGCUUUAGUCGCAAUCAUAAACCACUAAAGAGAGCCCAGCAAAAUGCUGCCUCCCCUCAUUGUACAGUAGCAAUGUACUUUAACGCCUACAUGUAUAUAUGUAAAUCUAUUUGUAUUAAUGCAAUUACCGAGUGGCUAAGGGGCUCAUUUUAGAAGCAUCUUCAACUCUGCUACAAUAGUUGUAUAUAUAGCACUUGUGGCUUGGAUAGCACUACAAAUUGGGACUUGUCUUUUUUUACAUAACUAAGUUAGAUAUUUGCUUCCUUCACAGAUUUAGAAGGACAUAUGCAAAACCUUUGUAACUGGUAUACUUCCAUUUAAA